UACACCGACAGAGCAAUAAAAUCAGCGUCACAGACUGACGACUAACAACGAAACCAUUACAAAUUUGACCCAAAAUUUUUUUUUUUUAUCGUUCAAAUUGCACAAAAAUGUUGUGUAAAUUGAAUAUUCUUAAAAGAUUGUCAAAAUAUUCUCAAAGGAUUAUCGUUUGAAUAUGAAAAAAAUGGAUAGAUGAAUGGAGAGAAAUUCAUUUGAGAGGAUCUUAAUCCCAAAUUUGUUAUUAGCACUCCACACAACAGAGCACAAAAACUACUCGCAUGGAUUCUCCACCACGUAAACACUCAGCUAAUUAAAUACUCCCAACUGUAAGUAGGCGACCUCAGCUCAGCUGGUUCCGAUGUCUCAGGGUGCCAGGCUCCUUCUCUUUGACCAGAGAUUCAAAGCACAAAAGUCAGAAGCAUAACCCAGUUCUGGGACUCUAUAUCUCCAUCGAGCAAUACUAAAUAGAAACAGCGGCAGCGGCAAAUCUAUCGUAUCGAGAUGUUGAACGAGCCGUUAAUUUCUGAACCUCAAGAGCAGCAGCGGCAGCCUCUUUCCUUUCCCCCGUCUCUCCUCAAUUAUCUCUACGUUGGUCACUUCCUAGCCAGAUGGGGUGCCAGAAUGUGGGAAUUCUCUGUUGGUCUGUACAUGAUUAAUGUCUGGCCGGAUUCGCUGGCCCUUGCUGCUGCUUAUGGUGUGGUGGAAUCUGCCUCCAUGGCAUUAUUUGGUCCUGUUGUUGGACGGUUGGUUGAUAAGUUCACGUACAUCAAGGUUCUUCGACUUUGGUUAUUAAGCCAAAAUUUCUCCUUUAUGAUUGCUGGAGGCACUGUGGUUGCACUUCUGCUGUAUGAGGAUGUGAAGUCAGAAAAUUUCAUAGUAUUUUUGUCGUUUAUCCUGUUAAUCAAUAUUUCUGGAGCUGUUGGUGUGCUCUCCACUCUUGCUGGAACCAUUCUGGUUGAAAGAGAAUGGGUGGUUGUGAUAUCAGAAGGUCAACAUCCAGGUGUCCUGACUAAGAUGAAUGCAACCAUUCGGAGGAUUGAUUUAGUUUGCAAGUUAUUUGCUCCUGUAGUCUCUGGUUUCAUUAUCAGCUUUGUCUCUCUAACUGCUUCAGCUUUAACUCUAGCUAUCUGGAAUAUAUUGUCCGUUUGCUUGCAGUAUUGGCUUCUAAUGUCUGUAUACAAUGGAAUUCCUGCUUUAAGUGAAAGCAGUCAAAAGAGGGUUUAUAGAUCUCUGCCAACUGAUUCGGAAAGAAGCUCCUUGACUGAUGAAAGUAGAAACUCUCACUACUUAGGUGAUAAUGAUUUGGAGCCUCUCGACCACGGCUGGAUGAGAAAAGUAAUCGAACGAGUUUCAAGAAUCUCUUACUUCAGGGCAUGGAAAGUUUAUCUAGAGCAAGAUGUGGUUCUGCCUGGAAUUGCGCUUGCUUUUCUCUACUUUACCGUACUUAGCUUCGGAACUCUAAUGACUGCUGCUUUGGAAUGGCAAGGCAUACCAGCCUAUACAAUUGGGAUUGCACGAGGAAUAAGCGCUACGAUAGGGAUUCUUGCAACUUUUUUGUACCCUGUUUUAGAAUCACAGCUUUCAACACUUCGUACAGGUCUCUGGUCAAUUUGGUCUCAGUGGACUUGCCUAGUGGUAUGUGUAGCUUCAAUUUGGGUCCCGAAUAAACUUGGAGCAGCAUAUUUGCUUAUGGGUGGAGUGGCUCUGUCACGUCUUGGACUUUGGAUGUUUGAUUUAGCAGUCAUUCAGCAAAUGCAGGAUCAAGUUCCGGAAUCUGAUCGUUGUGUUGUUGGAGGUGUUCAAAACUCUCUACAGUCUGUGUUGGACUUGACCACUUAUGUCAUGGGCAUAAUAAUAUCUAAUCCCCGGGACUUCUGGAAGUUGAUAAUCUUAUCUUUGCUCGUGGUGACACUGGCUGCAGUACUGUACAGUAUACACAUUUAUCGCGUAAGAAAGCAUCUCUUUCAUUUCGAGAAGCUGUAUCCACUUGUCAGAAUUGUUUUCAGGAAGGAAUAUGAAGACUUGAAGUUGACAUCUCUAAGAAGUAGUUAAAGCUGGAAAUGACCAUACUUCGGGUUUUGUGACUGGUGGAUCUGCUCAAUUGCAUGGUGCUGCCUAGACAAGUGCCUCACCCUGCUCUUCAGUAUCAAUUAAUGAUAUUUCCGCCAGUCCUAGGCGUGUCUUCAAAUGCUAAAUGGAAUGGGUAUCAAGUAGUUUGUUUCUGACGUCCAUUCUCUAUUUUACACUGCAUUUGUCUGCUUGAUUGCAUUUAUUGUAAGAUUCAUGUAUUUAAUGUCCAUCUGAUGUUCAAAUUGUGGUGGUAUCUGACAGAUGGUGUUAUCUUUGCUUGCUGAACACCGUAUAUGAAUUUCAUCUGAUACAUUAGAUGUCACAGAUGCAUUUGAAAAUCUAUCACUGUUUCUAAUUUGCGCUUGUCAAUGUGUAAGGUUUAACAUAUGGGGUAAUAGUAUGGUGAACAAAUGCAUUCUUAGUUAUAAUUGAGGUGAAGAAACUAAUUCUUAUCUUUUUGUGCCGCGGCAGACUAUCUUUUUACUCACCUUUACUGUGAUGAAGAUCU